AUGACCUGCCCGUUGCUUCCACACUGUGUAAACAUAAACCCACCAAAACACACAAACACACAAACAAACCUCGACAAAGAGAUGACACUCCAUCAGUGUCACAGACAAACAUCUCACUUAGACACAAUCCAGCCUUCAACUUCUGCUCCACUCUCGAUCUCACUCUUUGCGACUUAUCUGUAUGUUUGUCCUCGACCCAGUUUGGUGUUUCUGUUUUGUCUUUACGUCUACAGCUCCAGGCAGCUGCUCUCAAAGCUGCAUCACACCGAGGUAGGAGAAGAAGAAGAAGAGGACGAAGAAGAAGAAGAGGAUGCUUCUCGAAUUGAAGUCAACAACCUGCAGCCUUGUCUCUGUAGUCAAGGACACACUGUUAGAAGAGGAGACACUUGUACUGCAUGGUAUCAUGAGGUGUUUUAUUGGCUGUUAAAGUAG